AUGGGAGCCGCUAAUAAAAAGCCCUUAAACUGCUCACCUUUUUAUUCUUUACACCAACCCCUUCAUCCAUUGACUCAAUCCAACAUGUCGAACAAACGUAUUGAAACAGAUGCUUUUGGAGAAAUUGAAGUCCCAGCUGAUAAGUACUGGGGUGCUCAAACUCAACGAUCAUUAACCAAUUUUGAGAUUGGUGAUAUCAAAAUGCCAUUUCCUAUUAUUAAGGCAUUUGGUAUUCAAAAAAAAGCUGCAGCAAUCGUCAAUGAACAAUUAGGCUUAUUAGAUCCAAAGAAAUCCAAAGCAGUUCAAAAAGCUGCAGAUGAAGUGAUUGCUGGUAAAUUGAAUGAUAAUUUCCCCUUGGUGAUUUUUCAAACUGGUUCAGGUACUCAAUCUAAUAUGAAUGCAAACGAAGUGAUCUCUAAUAGAGCCAAUGAAAUUUUGGGUGGUGACAAGGGGACCAAGAAACCAGUUCAUCCAAAUGAUGAUUGUAAUAUGUCGCAAUCCUCCAAUGAUACGUUUCCCACUGUUGCUUACAUUGCUGCGGUUAUUCACAUUGAAGAACAUUUGAUACCCAAUUUGGUUGAUUUAAAAGACGCAUUUCAAAAAAAAGUUGAUGAGUUCAAGGAUAUAAUUAAAAUCGGAAGAACACAUUUGCAAGAUGCAGUGCCAUUGACAUUGGGUCAGGAAUUUUCAGGUUAUGUACAACAAUUGGAAUUUGGUAUAGAAAGAGUUAAGCAAACUGUACCAAGAUUGUCAUAUUUGGCCCAAGGUGGUACUGCUGUGGGAACCGGAUUGAAUACUGUUCGUGGAUUUGAUGUCAAGAUUGCUGAAGAAAUUUCCAAACUCACCAGUUUCCAAUUCAAAACUGCACCCAACAAGUUUGAGGCAUUGGCAGCACACGACGCUUGCGUUGAAGCUUCUGGAGCUUUAAACACUUUAGCCACGUCGUUAUACAAAAUUGCCAAUGACAUUAGAUACUUGGGUUCGGGACCUAGAUGUGGGUACGGAGAAUUAGCACUUCCUGAAAAUGAACCUGGCUCAUCCAUUAUGCCGGGAAAAGUGAAUCCUACUCAGUGUGAAGCAAUGACCAUGGUUUGUGCUCAAGUCAUGGGAAACAACACCGCAAUCACUUUUGCUGGAGCAUCGGGUCAAUUUGAAUUGAAUGUGUUUAAACCUGUAAUUGCCUACAAUUUAUUAAACUCAAUAAGAAUAUUGGGAGAUGCCUCAAGAUCAUUUAGAAUCCACUGUGUUGAAGGAAUCGUGGCAAUCAAGGAGAAGAUUGACAAGUUCUUACAUGAGUCUUUGAUGUUGGUUACUGCUUUGAACCCCAAAAUUGGUUACGAUAAUGCUUCAAAAGUUGCAAAGAAUGCACACAAAAAGGGAAUUACUUUAAAAGAGUCGUGUUUGGAGUUGAAGAUGUUGACCUCCGAGGAAUUUGACCAGUGGGUCAGACCAGAGGACAUGAUUGGUCCAAAGGACAUUUAG